AGAAAACCAGGCGGUUCGCAGUAACCCAAUCAAUCGACCCACGAAUCAGAAACCCAGCCCCCUUCUUCCUCCAUCGGUUACUCGCACGCGAAGCAAGCAAGCGCACCCACGCACGCGGACGCCGGCCGGCGACGUUCUGCGCGUUCAAUUUCCGGGGACGAAGCCAGGGCUCGUCGUCGCCGCUUCAUUACGCGUCGGGCAGUGGAGGCACCCUCGAUUCGUCGCCCCGACCAACCGCUCGCUCCCGACAACUCCUCCCGCCACCACCAGAUUGCUUUUGCGCAAUGAGCUGGAGAAUUCCUUUUAUCGGCUCUCAGCAGCAGCAGCAGCCUGAACCUAAUUUCCAGGACAUAUCUACGCAAUCUUGGUACCCUCCCUCGGUGGUAGGUUCAUCUUCACAUCCAUCCACGCCCACCUCAUCCAGUGCUAGUACACAUCAAAGAGCUUCAGAUCAUCCUCAGUCUUCAUCACGUGGCCAACCAUCUCCAGCUGAGGCUGCAGGAAUAAUUGCUCGUCUGAAGGACAAGAGUGUUGAUGAAUUGCAAAGGCUGUUAAAAGACAAAGAGGCAUAUAAUGCCUUUUUCAAUUCUCUCGAUCAAGUGAAAACCCAAAACAAUUUACGUGACGAGCUUAGGAGGGAGACACUGCAGCUUGCAAGAGAAAAUUUGGAAAGGGAGCAACGGAUUUCAGAGCUCAGGAAUCAGUGCACUAUUAUAAGAACUACAGAACUAGCAACUGCUGAGGACAGGUUGGCUGACUUGGAAAGGCAGAAGGACGAGAUUAUGAGGUCCUACUCUCCUGCUGCACUGCUCGCCAAGCUGCAAAGCACAAUGGCUAAGUUGGACGAGGAGUCGGAGGAGCUGCACCAGAAGUUCCUGGAGAAGGACAUCGAUCUGACCACCUUCGUGCAGAAGUACAAGAAACUCCGAGCUGCGCACCACAAGUACUUGUUGCUCCACCUCGCCGGCAAGACCUCGCUCCGCUGAUUUAUCUAUCCAUCUUCCGUCGUGGAUCUCUCUGCUCUGUUGUAUCCCGUUUCUGGUGGUGUCUGCCCGCUUGCCCCUGUUUUUAACCGUAGACACCAGACUGAGGUCGCGUGUAUAGUUAUGGUCGACUUCAUGAGCAUUUUAAGUAUUGCUGAAUUGUUGAUGUCGAAUGCAGAAUAUGACCAGGGUCUUGGAAACAAGGAAACAUGCUGAGUCUUUCUUUUAUAA